CCGGCGGUUCGCCCCCCCCUCCUCCUCCUCCUCCUCCUCGGCGCGGCUCCCCUUUAUCCCCCCCCCCAGCCCCGUGAGGGGAGCGCGGCGAGAGCGAGUGACCGCUGCCCCCUCAGGUAAGCUGAGGCCGAAAGGCGCUUGCAACUUGACAACUUCCCUCGCGGGAGGGGGAGGGGGAGGGGGGUGUUGCCCCCUCAGUGCCCCGGGAGGGUCGGAGGAACCCCUUCCUCCUCUCAGGGCGGGGUUCAAGGUGAAUCCUCCUCUUGCCCCCCCUUUUUCCAGCGCCCCCCCCCCUGAGGCUUAAGUGAAAUUGGGUGGGAGCAAAAGCCACCUUGCGGGUUGAAAGAAGGGGGGGAGAUGAGAGAGAGAGAGGAGGUGCCCCCCCCCAAGCGCUUCCUGAAGCUGGGGGGAGAGAGAGAGAGAGAGAGAGAGAGAGAGAGACCACCUUGAGGGCUAUUCUGAGGGGAAAUGGUGGGGGUGAAAGAGGAGACAGCCCCAAUAGCCUCUUAAGGAGGGGUAGGGGUGAAUAGGCCACCUUAAGGGCUGUUCUGAGGGGAUAUUGGGGGGGGGUGAGAGACAGAAGAGACCCCCCCCCAGCGCUCCCUGAGGCUGAGGGGGGGGAAGGGAGAGAGAGAGAGAGAGACCACCUUGAGGGCUACUCUGAGGGGGUGAAAGAAGAGACACCCCCAAUAGCCCAUUGAGGAGGGGUGGGGUGAAGAGGCCACCUUGCGGGCUGUCCUGAGGGGAUAUAGGGUGUGUGAGAGACAGAGGAGACCCCCCCCCCAAGCGCUCCUUGAGGCUGAAGGGGGAGAGAGAGAGAAAGACCACCUUCAGGGCUACUCUGAGGGGAAAUUGUGUGUGUGUGUGUGUGUGAAAGAAGAGACGCCCCUUGAAGUGGGGUGUGUGUGUGAAGAGACCACCUUGAGGGCUGUUCUGAGGGGAGAUGGGGUGUGUGAAAAAUGAGACACCCCCCCAGGGCUCCCUGAGGCUAAGGAGUGGGAGGCCACCUUGAGAGCUAUUCUGAGAGAUGGGGUGUGUGUGUGUGUGUGUGUGUGUGUGUGUGUGUGUGAAAGACACGAGAUGCGCCCCCUGAAGUGGGAGAAGGGGGGGCUAAAGAGGCCAACAUGAAGGCUAUUCUGAAAGGAGUUUGGGGGGUGAAAGAGGAGCCCCCCCUUCCAAACCGCAAGGGAGGGGGGGAAAGGCCACCUUUCGGGCUGUUCUGAAGGAAGAUGGGGUGAGAGAGAGAGAGAGAGAGAGAGAGAGAGAGAGAGCAGAUUCCCCCUCCCCAAUUCGUCCCCUGAGGUUGAUGGGGUGGGGAGAAGCCACCUUGAGGUCUGUUCUUGGAAUAUCCUGAAGGUUAGUGGUGAGGGGGGGAGAUGAGAGAGAGGAGAUGAUCCCCCUGCAAAUGGGGCAGGGGGCGUCCUCUACUCUCCUUUCGCCCCUGGACGCGCUGCCUUAUUUGGGGCUGGGGGGCCAAAGGGGUGGGAGGGCUGAGGGCCGGCAGAGGCUGACUGGCAGGGGGUUAACCCCCUCCUGCUGCUCCCCUCCCCCUCCCUCCCCACCUCCAAAAGGGGAAUUUUCCAGCUGGUAAUUUCUGCUGCGUCAACACCCAGCUGGAGGGAGCGAAGAGGAGGGAGACAAGGGGGCAUUUUCAUAGCAGCGCCACUUCACCAAAGAGGACCAUCCACCCCGGCUGGGCUGGACUGAUAAAAGAGAUAUUUAAUUUUUUUUUUUUUUAAAAAAACUUUUUAAAAACUAAGCAUUUGUGCAAGUUGGACCAAGAGUUACUCAAGUGAGAGAAGGGGAGAGGAUAGAGCGACACCAAACUGCUUGGGAGAAAAGAAAAGAAAAAGGGAAUGAGAGUGUGCAGACGUGGGAGUGCAAAUACUUUUAAAUGAAUCAUCAGAAGGAAGACAUGGAGAUUGCCUCCCAUUAUCAUCAUCUGCUUCAGGAACUCAACGAACAAAGGCAGCAUGGUAUCCUCUGCGAUGUUUGUAUUAUAGUGGAAGGAAAGAUUUUCAAGGCUCAUAAAAAUAUUUUGCUUGGGAGUAGUCGUUACUUCAAGACAUUGUAUUGCCAGGUGCAGAAGACCUCUGACCAAGCCACAGUCACUCAUUUGGAUAUUGUAACAGCACAGGGCUUUAAAGCAAUCAUUGACUUCAUGUACUCGGCACACCUUGCAUUGACCAGCAGGAAUGUUAUUGAGGUGAUGUCAGCUGCCAGCUAUCUUCAAAUGACUGAGAUUGUGCAAGCUUGCCACAAUUUCAUAAAGGCUGCUCUUGACAUAAGCAUAAAGUCUGAUGCAUCGGAUGACCUUAUUGAUUAUGAGUUUGGGGCUUCCUCUAGCAACAGUACGGAUGCUCUGAUUUCUGCUGUCGUAGCUGGGAGGAGCAUCUCUCCCUGGCUGGCUCGAAGGACAAGUCCGGCAAACUCUUCUGGAGAUUCAGCUAUUGCUAGCUGUCACGAAGGAGGAAGCACCUGUGGCAAAGAGGAUCAGGAGCCAAAAUCGGAUAGUCACGAGGACAUUUCAUCCCAGUCUCUUUGGUCUACGGAUUUGGCCUAUGGGACUUUGCGUGUCAAAGAAGAACAGAUCUCUCCUGCUCAUUAUGGAGUGAAUGAAUUACACUCUGCCAAAGACAGUGCAAUGCAAAAUGCUUUCUCAGAACAAGGAGCUACAGAUGGGUGGCAGCCUACAAGGCGUAGAAAGAAUAGAAAAAAUAAGGACACUGUGCGGCAUAUCACACAACAACUUGGAGAGGACAGCAGGACAACUUCACCAGUGCCACCCUUUCUGACUGCCCCUGUAUGGCCAUACAGUAAUCAAGAAGCAAGUGUGGAUUUGACAGGGGCAGAGCCCAACAAUUCUGACAACAGAAUAGAGAGAGUGGAUCUUUAUGCAAAGGUUGAUGAAGCACUCCUAGGAGGUGAUGUGAGUUAUCUCUCUCAGCCACUUACUCCAGAGAAAGAGGAUGCACUUCAGGCUCUAGCAGUUGCUAACUUGCGGGCAGCUCUUAUGAGCAAGAAUAGCUUAUUGUCCUUGAAAGCUGACAUGCUGGGAGAAGAGAGUUCUCUGCUCUUUGAAUAUUUACCCAGAGGCACACACUCAUUGUCUUGGGCUGGCACCCAGUUGAAUAAUUCCAGGGGCGAAUGUAAUGGCAAAAUGGAAGUACCACCUCCGCAGCUGGUUUCAUCACAGCUUGCCACUCAGAUCUCCACUCCCAUCAUUACCACAUCUGAUAAUGUAUCUCUAGAAACUCUUAAGAGAGUGUUAUCUUCAACUCAGAUCACUCAUGAUAGAUUUCUAGCAUUGUGGCGUUUAGAUGGCUUUCACACAGAUAUGAAUACUGCACAAUCUGAAGACAUGGACUUGGACCAUGAAGAUUUGUUUUUGGGUUUUCCAGGACCCAGGACACUGUGCUGUAUUUCCUGCAGGAAAUUUUUUAAAUGUUUGACAAAACUAAAGGGACAUUUCCAAGAACACACAUUCCCUAUGAUUAUUCCUCUUGAUAUGACUGACUAUCCUAGGCCCAACCUGACUGGUUCUUCUGAGCACAUGUCUCGUCACCUUGCCCGCUUCCAGUGUUCAAAAUGUCCCGCAAGCUUCACACUAAAGUCAAACAUGGAUCGGCAUGAAAAAACAACCCCUUUCAAUUGGAAGAAGAUGCAGUGCCCUCACGGCCUCAAAUUAUUUCGAGACAAAAUGGACUUAAAUCAGCAUUCUAUGUCUGUACACUCCAGCUAAUGUCUCUUCUUGUGGGAAGGGCUUUCUUUCGUACUUGGAAAAACCUGACUACUCAUAAGAAAGGUUGCUAUUUAAUUUCCACGCAGCCACCUGAAGAACGUCUACGACAGAAUAUUGAAAAUCAGGAAUAUGAUCUUAAACUAGGAAGUGGCAUGGAAUUCAGCUCUUCAGACCUUGAAAUACCUAACACCUCAUCUGGGUAGUGUACAGUAAAUGAGUCACAGUCAUCAGGAAGAAGUUCAAGUGUCCCUAUUGCAGCUUCUCAGCCAUGCACCAGUGCAUCUUGAAAAGGCAU